CUUUGAACUCUUUGUAAGUCAAAGGAAAAAGAGUAAGACUUCCUUGAUUACAACUGAGUUGGAUAUGUAUCUUGCUGAGGAUAUCAUUCCUCGCACAGCAGAGUUUGAUCUGCUCUUGUGGUGGAAAUUGAAUGGUUUGAAGUAUCCGACCUUGCAAUCAAUUGCAAGGGACUUUCUGGCAAUCCCUAUUAUUUCUGUGCCUUCUGAGAGUGCAUUUAGUUCUGGUGGGAGGUUGUUAGACCCUCACCGGAGCAGGCUGCAUUAUUCGACUGUGGAGGCAAUGAUGUGUACUAGGAGUUGGAUAAUGGAGGACAUGCAACGAGAUUCAGAGGCUGCUGCAGAGGCAUUGGAGGGACUCUUCUCAGCAAUGACAGUGGAA